AUGGCGCCUCUCACUGACGAUGCCGGUGAAACGUUUGGAAAUAUACCCAGCCGAUUGUCCAAUGUUGCAAAUCACGAAGAGCCUGGCAGAGGACACGGGACUAGGUACGUUCCACACGGUCUCCCUGACGCUCCGAUCAAUUCCUGCUUUGAUGAUGUGCAUCAGAUGAUGAACGAAAGCUCAGCCAAUUUUUGUCAGAAAUGGGGGCGGAUUUCUCGUGGACAGCGUCAAUCUGAACGUCGUAUUAAGGCCAAUCGGCCGCAGUACAACGUGAAUCAGCCGUCGUCUUCUGGUGAGAAUGACCUAUGA